AUGUGGUAUCAAGUUAGACGCUACGACAAUUUUUACGACAUUAAUGAAAGAUGCAAUCGUGUCAAUCUCACUAUCGGGUUGGGUAAUAGAUUGAGAAUAAGUGAACGCUCAGUCAACACUCUCUCUGGAGAACCGAUAACAACGAAUCUAACUUUAACUCCAGUAAAUAGAGCACAGGCUCAAUACAGAGUCAGACUAUCUGUGUUCUCAAGACAGACUUCUCUCGUGACUCUCUUGGAUACUGACUACACCAGCUUCGCAAUAUUUUACAUGUGUCAAGACUUCGCUAACACUCGCCUGGUUUACCUUUGGAUAAUAUCACGUCAAAGUACUCUUGGUCUCAACACAUUGGGAAGACGUUUGAGAGUUGAGGCUGCCAACAACUUGCCAAUCGGUGAACUGCGUACCGUUGGUCAGCUUAAUUGUCCAGCAUGA